CCACGUGGGGAAUCAAAACAAUAUGGCGGCUGGUUUCAAGACGGCGGAGCCUCUGGAAUAUCACAGGAGCUUUCUGAAAGAAAACUGUAGACCCGAUGGACGGGAGCUGUCUGAAUUCAGAACCACGACUUUGAACAUUGGGUCCAUAUCUACAGCAGAUGGCUCAGCCCUGGUGAAGAUGGGAAACACCACAAUCAUCUGUGGAAUCAAAGGGGAGCUGGCCAACCCUACGGUGGAUGCACCUGGUAAAGGUUACAUUGUGCCCAACGUGGACCUGCCGCCUCUGUGUUCGUCCCGCUUCCGGCCGGGCCCGCCAGGAGAACAGGCCCAGGCUGCUAGCCAGUUCAUUGCAGAUGUUAUCGAAAGCUCUGAGGUGAUCAAGACAGAAGACUUGUGCAUCGACAGAGGAAAGCUCUGCUGGGUCCUUUACUGUGACAUCAUGUGUCUCGACUAUGAUGGGAACAUUCUGGAUGCUUCUGUUGUCGCCCUGCUGGCUGCCCUGAAUAACACUCAACUCCCAGAGGUCACCAUCAACAAGGAGACGUGUUUGCCAGAGGUGAAUUUCGAAAAGAGACACCGUCUCUGUAUUCACAAGCAUCCAGUUGGCACCUCUUUUUGUGUCUUUGAUGACUCUGUACUUAUUGUAGACCCCACAUCUGAGGAGGAGAGUCUGUCAACUGCACGGCUCACUGUGGUGACGGAUGAGGACGAUCGACUCUGCUCGCUACACAAACCAGGUGGCUCAUCGCUGUCAGGAGAGAAGCUGCAGGAGUGCAUCAACCGAGCCACAACACGACAGAGAGAGAUCCAGAAACUCAUUGAGAAAGUUAUACACAGUGUAAAACCUGCACAAUAACACACAGACAAAGGCUUUUAUCUAAAAGUUGUAUUUUCCACUGUCAAUAUAUAUUCUUUUUUUUUAAAACAAUAAAACUGCU